UGUAGGUGUCCCGCUGAUGUAAAUAUGAAGCUGGUCGGGAGCAGAGAAGUCUUAUUUUCAUUUUUUAGGAGAUUUUAAACACUACGUAUUACAGAUUUCACCAUGGAGGGAACCUCCAAACAAGACGCUGCCAGUGGGCCGACCGUGGCGGCGCAGGUUCCCUUCCUUCACUUGUGCACCACGCUGGACAAAAUCCAAAAGGCCAAACUCCGUCCGGACAAAUCCAAGAUCCUUGGCGAUUUCAUUGAAUCAUGGCGGAAAUUUCAUUCUGCCCUCCAUAAAGACAAUCCCAAGACCACUGACUCCUUCUUCCCCGCCAUGCGCCUCAUCGUCCCCCCUUUUGAACGAGAGCGAAUGGCGUACGGCAUCAAAGAAAGCAUGCUAGCUAAACUGUACAUCGAUGCGCUGGGGCUCCCGAAGACCGGCACGGAGGCCAAUAAGCUGCUGAACUACCGCGCUCCCACCACCUCCCAGGGAGACGCCGGAGACUUUGCCAGCAUGGCGUACUUUGUGCUGAAGAAGCGAUGCACCAGCCAGGGCAACCUCAGCAUCAAAGAGGUCAACGACUUCCUGGACUCGGUGGCGAUCAACAAUGCCGGCAAGCAGAAGGACCUGGUGAGGAAGAACCUGCUGCACCUCAUCACCCAAAGCUCCGCCCUCGAGCAGAAGUGGCUCAUCAGAAUGAUCCUGAAGGACAUGAAGCUCGGCGUCAGCAAGGAAACGGUCCUGCAGGUCUUCCACCCGGAUGCUGCCGAUCUGUACAACGUCAACACAGACUUGAAUAAGGUGUGUCAGCAGCUCCACGACCCUUGCGUGUCCUUGAGCGAGGUCUCCAUCGGCCUCUUCUCGGCCUUUAAGCCCAUGCUGGCAGCAGUGGCUAACAUUCGAAAUGUGGAGAAGCAGAUGGGCAACAGCCCCUUCUACUUGGAGACCAAGCUGGACGGGGAACGUAUUCAGCUGCACAAAGACGGGGACGUGUACAAAUACUUCAGCCGAAACGCCUUUGAAUACACACAGCAGUUUGGACGAUCCCCGCUGGAGGGAUCCCUCACGCCUCAUAUCCACCGUGUAUUCAAAAGCACCGUGGUAAACUGCAUCCUGGAUGGGGAGAUGAUGGCGUACAACCCCACAGCGGAGACCUUCAUGCAGAAAGGGAGCAAGUUCGACAUCAAGAGGCUGAUGGAGGACUCGGAGCUGCAGACGUGUUUCUGUGUGUUUGACGUGUUGUUGGUUAACGACCAGAAGCUCGGCAAGGAGACGCUGAGGAAGCGCCACGAGAUCCUCCAGACUGUGUUCACCCCGGUCAAGGGGAGGAUGCACGUGGUACCGAAGACCGAGGCCAGGACCAUGCAGGAUGUGGUCAGUGCUCUCAACGACGCCAUCGACAGCAGGGAGGAGGGGAUCAUGGUGAAGGACCCUCUGUCCAUUUACAAACCCGACAAACGGGGGGAGGGUUGGCUGAAGAUCAAGCCGGAGUACGUGGAUGGGUUGAUGGACGAGCUGGACCUGCUUAUUGUUGGCGGCUACUGGGGGAAGGGGAGACGGGGCGGUAUGAUGUCCCACUUUUUAUGUGCCGUUGCCGAAGCCCCCGGCCCCGGGGAGAAGCCCUCAGUCUUCCACUCCCUGUGCCGCAUCGGCUCCGGCUACACUAUGAAGGAACUGUACGAUCUGGGCCUGAAGCUCGCCAAGCACUGGAAGGUGUACCGGAAAAACGACCCGCCAGCCUCCAUCCUCUGCGGCACGGAGAAGCCAGAAGUCUACAUCGAACCGCGCAACUCCAUCAUUAUCCAGGUGAAGGCGGCAGAGAUCGUCGGGAGCGACAUGUACAAAACCGGCUGCACCCUGCGCUUCCCCAGAAUCGAGAAGAUCCGGGAGGACAAGGAGUGGCACCAGUGCAUGACUCUGGCCCAGCUGGACCAGUUCCGCAGCAAGGCGUCCGGAAAACUGGCCUCGCGGCACCUUCGCAUCGACAAUGACGAGCCGCAGAAGAAGAAACGCAAGGUGCCAACUAAAGCCAAGAAGGUGGUCGGCCUCAUCGAGCACUUCAAGCCCCAGGACCUGUCCGGGGUUUCCAAGGAGACGGACAUGUUUGAGGAUGUGGAGUUCUGCAUCCUGAAUGGCACCGAAGAUCACCCCAAGUCGGAGCUGGAAAAGGGCGUGGCCAGGUGCGGAGGCAUCGUGGUUCAGAACCCGGGGCCGGACACCUACUGCGUGAUCGCCGGCGCGGAGAACAUGCGCGUGAAGAAUCUGAUUUCCUCAAACCAGCAGGACGUGGUCUGGGCCAGCUGGCUGCUGGAGUGCCUGGACCGGACGGAGGUGGUGCCGUGGCAACCUCGCCACAUGAUACACAUGUCUCCCUCCACCCGGGAGCACUUCGCCAAGGAGUACGACAGCUACGGGGACAGCUACUUUGUGGACACAGACGAGCAGCAGCUGCGGGAGGUGUUCGGCAGGAUGGGCAGCGCCGAGGCAGCGGAUGUGGACGUGGCGCAGGUGGAGCAGCGCUACGGCUUCGAGGACCUCCCCACCAGCAUGUUCAGACCUUAUAGAGUAUACAUGGACGUUUUCGCAGACAUCGGAGACCCCCGAUGUGGCACGGCGGCCACCUGCCUGGACAUCAGGGCGCUGGAGUUCCGCUACCACGGAGGAGCCGUGGCAGAGAGGCUGGAGGAAGGAGUGUCGCACGUCGUCAUCGAAGACGAGACCAGACUGCUGGAUCUGAGGGCGCUGAGGCGCCGCUUUACCAAGAAGUUCAAGAUCGUGAGAGACACGUGGGUGACCGAUUCCAUCAAAGUGGGGUACCUGAUGGACGACAGCGACUACCUGGUGUGAAGGGUCCUGCUGACAAAUUUUAGUGUUUUUUUAAUUAAUUUCUGAUAGAAAUAAUAAAGGCAGACAUUUAAAAAGAUCACAGAUGUCACCUCUCACAAUGAUGCCUUCAUGAAUUACUGCCUUGUGCUUUUCUUUUCUUUUUCCAACCUUGGAGGUCCAAAUUACAUCAUGAAAUCCUGAAAUUUAUUGGUAUAUCCAUCCAACCUUUUUCUAUACCCGCUAUAUCCCUUGCAGGGUCACGGGGGUCU